UCCCUUCUCUCUUCUCGUUUCGCUCUCUAUCAUCACAGCCAGCCAUGGCUAUGCCUGAGCACCACCAGUUCCACAACUACCUUCAGCAACAGCAGCAGCAACAGCAAUCGAAACCUUUCAGAGAUAUAUUCAACAACAUGGAAGGUCAGAUUUCAGCGCCGAUCAACUAUAUAAACGCCGAUCAAGCUCAUCACCCCCCUUACAUUCCUCAAUUUCAUGUGGUAGGGUUUGCACCAGGUACGGACGUUAGCGAUGGAGGGUUCGACUUGCAGCGGAAUUAUGAUUUAGAUUCGAGAAAGAAGAGGCCGAGAGAGCAAGAGUUUUUGGAAAAUAAUAAUACAAAUUCUCAGAUAUCAUCUAUUGAUUUCUUGCAACCUCGAUCAGUUUCAACAGGGUUAGGCUUGUCUCUUGACAAUGGUAGGUUGGCUUCAUCUGGUGAGUCUUCUUUCGUUGCUGGGCUUAUGGGAGAUGAAAUUGAUAGGGAGCUGCGGAGACAGGAUGCUGAGAUUGAUAGGUUUAUGAAAAUUCAGGCUGACAGACUCAGGCAAGCAGUUCUUGAGAAGGUACAGGCAAACCAGCUCCAGAUAAUCUCAUGUGUUGAAGAUAAGUUCAUGCAGAAACUGCGUGAAAAGGAAGCCCAAGUGGAAAAUAUCAACAAGAAAAACAUGGAACUGGAAUUGCAGGUCGAACAGCUAGCGAUGGAGGCUGGCACUUGGCAGCAACGGGCCAAAUACAACGAGAAUAUGAUCAACACCCUAAAAUUCAAUCUUCAGCAAGUUUAUGCUCAGGGGAGAGAUAGCAAAGAAGGAUGUGGUGAUAGUGAGGUGGAUGACACGGCCUCGUGCUGCAAUGGGCGUGCCAUUGACUUCCACCUGCUGUGCAAGGGCAAAAAUGGAAUGCGGGAAUUGAUGACUUGUAAGGUAUGUAGAAUCAACCAAGCUUCCAUGCUUUUGUUGCCAUGUAAGCAUCUUUGUCUGUGUAAAGAAUGUGAAAGUAAGGUUAGUCUGUGUCCAUUGUGUCAAUGCUCAAAGUAUAUAGGCAUGGAGGUUUACAUGUAACAAAUUGAUUUCGAGUUAGAUUGAUGUGCACUUGUUGUUUAACGUGUUUUCAUUCUUAAUUGUUGUAUGCUUUACUUGUUCCACUAGUUCCAAGUAUCUUUGCGCUUGUUUGC